ACAUGGUAAGAAUUGACAUUGUAUAUAAUUCUCGGACGGGGUGCCUUAUGGAGUUAAAAUUUAUUAGAUAUUUUAAAUCAUUUGGCUUAUUUCUUGGCUGCAAUUGAAAUUUUGCAAGUCAUGGGUCGUACGUCAAAAGAUAAACGUGACAUUUAUUAUAGAAAGGCAAAGGAGGAAGGUUGGAGGGCACGAAGUGCGUUUAAACUCUUGCAAAUUGAUGAAAGUUUUAAUUUAUUUGAGGGAGUAAGCAGAGUUGUUGAUUUAUGUGCUGCACCGGGAAGUUGGAGUCAAGUAUUGAGUAGAAAAUUAAUAAAAAAGGAUGAAUCAACAAUUAAAAUUGUGGCUGUAGAUUUACAACCAAUGGCACCUUUACCUGGUGUAAUACAAAUUAAAGGCGACAUUACCAAAGUUUCAACUGCCAAUAAAAUAAUCAGUCAUUUUGAAGGAGAACAUGCUGAUCUAAUUGUGUGUGAUGGUGCACCUGAUGUCACAGGAUUACAUGAUAUCGAUGAGUACAUUCAGGGACAACUUUUGUUGGCAGCUCUUAAUAUUACCACACAUAUCCUUAAGCCUAAAGGAACUUUUGUGGCAAAAAUAUUCAGAGGGAAAGAUAUGGAUCUUUUGUAUAGUCAGUUAAAAAUUUUCUUUCCUCAAGUAACAAUAGCUAAACCAAGUAGCAGUCGAAACUCAAGCAUUGAAGCAUUUGUUGUCUGCCGCGAUUACUCUCCUCCAGAAGGAUAUACACCAAACAUGUCUAAUCCUCUAUUGGAUUACACACAAGAUCCUGUGUUUGAAAGAUUGGAAGGUGUCAAUCGUUUCAUUGUCCCUUUUCUUGCUUGUGGUGAUCUCAGUGCCUAUGAUUCUGAUAAAACCUAUGAUGUGAGUACAAAUGAUGAUGAGAAAUAUGUUCCAUUACCUCCUGUUCAAACUCCUAUUGAUCCACCUUACAAAACUGCAUGUUAUCUUAAAAAGAAUAGCUUACUUGUUUCUCAAAAACCUGUGAAAAUGGAAGAGGAACAAGAAGAUACUAAAGAAGCCACAAAUGAUGUUUGAUGCUACCUAAAUCAUAAAUGGUUUUUAUAACAAGAUAGUAUUUGAUUACAAGAAAUUCAAACAACUUUGAGUUUGUCAAAGUAUUUAAAGACAUUUGAAAUAUGCGUAGUAGCAGCACAGCAAGUCCGUUUUUUACUCAACCAAGAAAAUAUUUUUGUGUUUUACUAUUGGAAAAACAAUAAAUACAAUUAAUUUUCUAAAGAAAGACAUAAUAAUUUUGCUAAGAAUUGCAUUGUUGGAGUAAAGGAUUAGACUACUUUGCCACAGAAUAUGCGAACAGUCACAUUUAGUCAUUUACUAGGUUAUUGAAAUAACUAUAAUAAAGUUGAUUUAUUAUGUCGUUUUCAAGUAAUAAA